CCCUGCGCCUGCUCCUCGCGGCCUUCAUGAUGCUGCUCGCCUGGCCCUUCGCACUCAUCGCUUCCCUGGGCCCCGCAGACAAAGAGCCCGAGCAGCCCCUGGCCUGGUGGCGGAGAGCCGUGGACGUCCUGCUCAAGGCCAUCAUGCGUGCCAUGUGGUUCGCCGGCGGCUUCCAUCACGUGGCCGUGAAGGGGCGGCGGGCACUGCCCACCGAGGCUGCCAUCCUCACGCUGGCGCCCCACUCCUCCUACUUCGACGCCAUCCCCGUCACCAUGACCAUGUCCUCCAUCGUGAUGAAGGCGGAGAGCAGAGACAUCCCGAUCUGGGGAACGCUGAUCCGGUACAUACGGCCAGUGUUCGUGUCGCGGUCCGACCAGGACUCUCGCAGGAAGACGGUGGAAGAGAUCAAGAGGAGGGCACAGUCGCAGGGGAAGUGGCCACAGAUCAUGAUUUUUCCGGAAGGGACGUGCACAAACAGGACCUGCCUCAUCACCUUCAAGCCCGGUGCCUUCAUCCCCGGGGUUCCCAUCCAGCCUGUGGUGUUACGCUACCCGAACAAGCUGGACACCAUCACGUGGACAUGGCAAGGACCCGGAGCGCUGCAGACCCUGUGGCUCACGCUGUGUCAGCUGCACAACAGAGUGGAGAUCGAGUUCCUUCCCGUGUACAGCCCGUCCGAGGAAGAGAAGAGGAGCCCCGUGCUGUACGCCCGCAACGUGAGACGCGUCAUGGCAGAGGCCUUGGGCAUCUCUGUGACGGACUACACAUUCGAGGACUGCCAGCUGGCCCUGGCAGAAGGACAGCUCCGCCUCCCGGCCGACACUUGCCUGCUAGAAUUCGCCAGGCUCGUGCGGGGCCUCGGGCUAAAACCAGAAAAACUUGAGAAGGAUCUGGACAGAUUCUCAGAAAGUGCCAGGAGGAGAAAGGGAGCGAAGGUCGGCCUCUCGGAGUUCGCGGCCUACCUGGAGGUGCCCGUGUCCGACGCGCUGGAAGACAUGUUUUCGCUGUUCGACGAGACCGGCCGUGGCGAGGUGGACCUGCGGGAGUACGUGGUCGCCCUGUCCGUGGUGUGCAGGCCGUCUCAGACCCUGGCCACCAUCCAGCUCGCGUUCAAGAUGUUCGGGUCUCCGGAUGGCCGCGUCUCUGAGGACGACUUGUCCCGCAUCCUCAAGACCGCCUUAGGGGUGGCGGAGCUCCCCGUGACCGACCUCUUCCGGGCCGUCGACACAGAGGAUGCGGGGACUAUCACGUUCGCCAACUUCAGCAGGUUUGCAGAGAUGUGCCCCGACUUCGCAGAGGGGUACCUGUACCCCGACAAGGCGCGUCUCGAAAGCUGUACGCACAGCCCACCUGCGCUGACCCCCAACGGCUUCUGCACGGACUUCAGCCCGGAAAACUCGGACGUUGGGAGAAAGCCUCCUUGUAAGAAGCUGGACUAGGACGGGGGCCCCAUGGCCUCAGGUCUCUCCGCAUCACCCCCGGCCUCUGUGCGGCCAUGGGCCCUGCUCGGAGCAAUGUCUGGCUCAUGCUGUCUGUCGUCUUCGGGCCCAAGGACACUUAGAGGGUUUGUUCUAUUUGUUUCUGUGGGGAGUCUCAGAGCCCAGUGCGGUAGGCCAUGAGUUGCAUAUCCCGAGGAAAGAGACCGGGCACUCCCACACCCGGGGUGGGGCCCUGGGGCCUGCCGGGUCUCAGCCACGGCUCCCGGCCGCAGGCAUCGGUCACGCCCUCAUCACCUGCUGCCUGGUCCGCUCCCAGCAGCGCGCACGGCGGGGUCGUACGCACUCGCACACGGACGUGCCACCAUGGUCCGAGCCUGGCGCCGACUCUGCCACCGGCGAGCACUGCCAGGCGCGGUCCGGGUCUGCGUCUGUGCGGGGUCUCGUGCGCAUUUUGUAACUCCGUUUAGGUACGUCAGGAAACACACAGCAUUUUUUUAAAGACCGAGAAUUGUUUUUCUACUUCAUCUUUCCUUUUGGGGUCAGAGGACAUUUCUUUAUAGGCCCUUUUUGAUAGAAUCUGAGGCCACUUGGGCUUUGACUUAAAUUCUUAUCAGGUAAAUUUCUCUCCAGGGAAGUCUCUCCACGUGGUCCCCUCAGGGAGGUUUGUCCACGAGGACCCAGCCCCCCAG